AUGUCGAGGCAACAAAUGUGGAAUGUGUUCCGCUUGGGGUUUCCUCAUUCCCUUACGCCUCAGCUUGUCCAUUUAGAACUCAUCACUCAUAAUCUUUUAAAAGCGAUUUCCAAGUGUCAUCGUGGGACGUUUAACUUCGCCCCCAGAGUCACUGGGAUCAAAGUCUCCGGAGUCAUCGGGACCUUCAGAACCAUUGGACUGUGCCUGGCCUUCCUGCAUGCAGAAGUCCAUGUGUGUGUAGUCCUGGACCAGCCCCACACAGGGAAGUUAGGGCACAAAGCAGAGCCCUGGAAAGUGGUCCUGCAGGGUUUGAGAGGCUCCUCCGGAAGGCCUGAGCUGCCAGGCAGCCAGCCUCGACAAGAACCAGGAGACCAUCCACCCAGAUUGCUGGGCAGUGCCAAGGCAGCUAGGACGUGCACAAUGCUCCGAGCACCCCCGAAGCCCAAGCGCCAGUCCAUUGUUGGUCCUCUCAGAGACAUUCCUGUUAAUGAUGAGCAGGGUACUGGCCCAGCUUGGAAUGCCACCAGUAAGAAGGCUGCUUUCAUCAUUCAAGCGCAUGAACCAGAGUAUAAGAAUGGAAAGACAUUUCUUAUUGGCCCAAAAGUGCUGUGUGAGGAUGAUGUGCUGGGUUUCAAUUCAGCUGUUUCCCUGCCAGAGACAAGAAAGCCUUUGGUGCCCCUUGAUUAUCCAAUGGGGGAUUGUCUUGAAUCCGCCAUUACUAUGGACACAUCCAUGGUCCUGGAAGCAGAUGGAAAGCCGCCCAAUAGCAAUGAAGUCCCUGACUACCAGGAAGACAUCCAUCUGUACCUCAGGAAAAUGGAGGUGAAAUACAAACCUAAAGUAGGUUACAUGAUGAAGCAACCAGUCAUAACCAACCAUAUGAGGGCUGUCUUGGUGGACUGGCUAGUGGAAGCUGGGGAGGAAUACAGUUUCCAGAAUGAGACUCUCCAUUUGGCUGUGAACUAUAUUGAUAGAUAUCUUUCUUCGGUGUUAGUUUCGCGGGGAAAACUUCAGCUAGUUGGGACUGCCGCCAUGUUCAUUGCCUCAAAGUUUGAGGAAAUGUGUCCACCAAAUGUGGCCGAAUUUGUGUACCUCGCAAAUGACCAGUACACAAAAAGUCAGGUCAUAGGAAUGGAGCAAAUGAUGCUGAACGUGCUGGCUUUUGACCUCGGAGCACCAACAGUAAUCCAGUUCCUCGCUCAUUAUUUCAUGCAUCAGCAGCAGGCCAAUUCUAAGGUGGAAAGUUUAGCAAUGUUUCUGGGAGAGUUGAGUUUAAUUGAUGCUGACCCAUACCUGAAAUAUUUACCCUCAGUGACCGCUGGAGCUGCCUUUCAUCUCGCACUCUACACAAUCACUGGGAAAAGCUGGCCCGAGUCAUUGAGCCAAAAAACGGGCUACACCUUGGAAAGUCUUAAGCCAUGUCUAAUGGACCUUCAUCAGACCUACCUCAGAGCACCACAUCGUGCCCUACAGGGCAUGCAAGAAAAAUACAAGAAGGCAAAGUACCACUGCGUAUCCCUCAUCAGCCCUCCAGAGACACUAAACUUAGAGUGAGUGAGAAACUCGGAGCCGUUGACUCCAACGUGUGGACCCAGAUGUCUUCACAAAGAAUCCCUUCACAAAGCACAAAUUGUGAUCAGUUGCAGAUUAUGAAGCGCCGUUUGGGAUUUUUAUGACUUUAAAGGAAAAUCUUUUCCAUGUACAAUUGUCCUGUGUAUUUAGCUAUAGACAUGAAGUGGUUUUGUUUAUGUAUAGUGAGUAUUAACCAAGUCCAUACCCCCAG